AUGUUAUUCAAGAUCAUACUGUAUCACAUAAUAGUUAUCGUGUAUAUACUAUGCGUCAAACUUACAACUGCAAAAUCACCUUACAAUUCAUCAUUUACUCCUGAACAUUUAAGAUACCUUAAAAAUGAAACCAAGGAGUUAUUUAAGCAUGCUUGGAACUCAUACAUGGAGUUUGGCUUUCCCUUUGACGAAGUUCGACCGUUGACUUGCGAACCUUAUGGGCCAGAUUAUAAGGAUUAUUCAAAUACUGUAAGAAAUGAUGCUAUGGCUAAUAUCUCACUGACAAUUUUAGAUAAUUUAGACACAUUAAUCAUUAUGGAGCAAUGGAAUGAGUUAGAUUAUGUUUUGGAAUACUUGAAUACUAAUCAAAAUAACUUCUUUGACAAGAACUCCAUUGUUCAGGUGUUUGAGACAACUAUUCGUUUUUUGGGUGGACUCAUGAGUGCUCAUUUAAUCUUGACCGAUGUCAAAUUCAAACCUCGUCAGACUAAUAAUACGAAGUUCAUGAAAAUUUUGAAAAAUUAUGAUGGAUUUCUACUAAAGAUGGCUCAUGAUUUAGGUUUAAGACUAAUAACUUCGUAUAGAACAUCCACAAAUAUUCCUGUUCCACGUAUUAAUUUAGCUAAUGGAUUAAAGUCAGUUCCACCGGCUUUGCAAAAAGAUGCAUGUACUUCAGGAGUUACCACACCAGUUUUAGAAUUUACUUUAUUAUCUAAAUUAACAGGUGAUUAUCAAUUCGAAUAUUUUUCACAAAUGUCGUUUUGGAAGCUUUGGUCAUCAAAACUGCCAUUAAAUUUAAUGCCAAUGACGAUUGAUCCUGUAUCAAAUCAAUGGAAAGACUCUAUAACUGGAAUUGGAGCAUCAAUCGACUCAUUUUAUGAAUACGCAGCCAAAUCUUCAAUUUUAUUUGAUGAUAAAUACAUGUGGUCAGUUUUUACAACUUCAUAUCAAGCAUUGCUAACGCAUCUGGCUCAGGGAGGUGAAGGAGCUAUGAUAUUCCCAAACGUAGGAACACAAGACGGAGUAGUUUUCAGCGAUUGGAUAGAUUCGUUAGGAGCUUUUUGGUCAGGAUUGCAGGUUUUAACAGGUCAAUUGACUGAUGCAAUAAAAACACAUGUUGUGUACAUGAAGAUUUGGAAUUAUUUUGAUCUGAUACCUGAAAGAUGGAUCUAUGCACAUCAUAAUAAAAAAAACAAAAAGAAGAAAUAUAGAGCUGAGGAUUCAAUUGAAUUGGAAUGGUACCCUUUACGACCCGAAUUUAUUGAAAGUAGUUACUAUUUGUAUCGAGCUACAAAAGAUCCUAUGUAUCUUCAAAUUGGGGAGAGGGUAUUGAACUUAUUUCAAGACAGAUUCAAGGCUCCAUGCGGUUUUAGCGGUAUACAAGAUAUCAAUACUGGUGAAAAACAAAAUAGAAUGGAGACAUUUGUUAUGGGUGAGACAUUGAAGUAUUUAUAUUUAUUAUUUGAUACCAAUGACGAGGUAUUUUUACACAGUUCGGAGAUGAACUCCAAAAAUUGGAUUUUUUCAACUGAAGCUCACCCACUAUGGUUUCACAAGGGUUUAUCUGAGAAAAGAUAUAAUUUUGGCGCUCAAAACUUGAGUAGUUUAAUUAAUGAGAGUUCGAAAUUCACACCUGCAGUUAUCAAGAAUUUAACUAUUCCAACUCCUUUUAUUUUCAAUAUUCCAGAUGAAAAUGGUGUUAUUUCUCACAUUGGUAAAAAAGAUCCAUUCUCAGAUCGAUUUAAAAUUUGUGAAUUGAACCCGUUAAAAAAAUCUUUUAACUCAUUGUUAGAAUCUAGCUAUUAUGGUUGGCCUUAUUUGUUUAAUUCUGAUCAUUCAUUUUCCAAAUCUUUGAAAAAGCCGCCCCAUAUUGAUAAGUCAAAUCUUGACGGAAGUUAUAUCGAAUUGACAAAAGACUUUUAUGACAAAUUUACAUCAUUCGAUACUCCUUUAAUGUGUCCUAGAGUGCACAAUACUCAAAUUUAUGAAAUAUUUUGGGGCGAUAUAAAAUUAUGUGGAAAAACUGAAGUCUCACAGAUCGUACACCUACAACCAAAUAUCACAGAAUCUAUUAUACUACAGAAUGAUUUGUGGGUUCCAACUUUGCAAGGCUUGAGAAUUACUUUCGAGGAAUUGGCACUAGGUUUAGUCGAUUCAAGAAAUGAGUUGAUAACAUCUGACUAUAUUCUGAUGAUUCAAAGUGAUGAAGAUGAAGAUGAAGAAGAAGUUAAAUAUAAAAAGAAAGAUUCGAUUUUGAGGAUAAAGAAAAUUAAUGGUGUGCCUUUAAAGUAUGGCUCAGUAAUUUGGACUUUACCUUUUGCCCCAAAUCCGGAAGAUAAAGGUGCUGUUAGAGUUACCAGCGAAAGUAGAGUUGUAAUUCAAGGAAAAGUGAUAGAGAAUUUAUUAGUAUGGUACGGUUGA